AUGGAUGAUCACCACUACAUCAUGGAAACUAUUACUGACCUUCGCGAUCACCAGCAACCACAAGUCUAUUAUCAGAUGAAACCUGAAUUGGACCUAAAUUACUUGAAAACAUUACCUGGAAUGCUAAAGUGCACCUGUAUUAUUUUAGAUUUCACUUGCUUUAUAUGUCUGCUAGUUGGUGGUCCUGUUUACUAUAUUGGUGUCGGAUGGAUCACCUUCGUUUGCAUAUUUGGCCUGUUGGUAUCGCUGAUUCUUUUAAUCCUUUACUUAUUUCAUGUCGUGGAUCUCUUUCCUCAAAUACCUUGGAUCGUUGGUGAAAUGAUAUUUUAUUUUGCAUGGGCUGUAUUCUUUUUCAUAUGUGGUUGUGUGCUGGUUUUAGUUGCGGCACGACUUCAUGGUAUUACUGGUUACGGUGCAGCUUCGUUCUUCUCAUUUGGAGCACUUUGUGCUUACGGUUUCGACAGUUAUUUGAAAUUUCUGGCCUGGAGGCAUGAUGAAGUGGCGACUGGCGGAGCAGCACUAGAAUACUUGCCUUAUGGCAACACUACGGCAUCAAAAGGCCAGCAAAGAAAGGCCACCAAUGAGUGA